CUCUCCUUCCUCCCCCCUCCGCCGCUCCGCCUUGCCCCGCCCCCCCUCUCGGCGGCUGCGGCCAAGGGCGACAAGUCCGGCGAGCAGAAGUGGGUCCACGAGGGCCUCAUCAUGGAGUCCCUCCCCAACGGCAUGUUCCGCGUCCGCCUCGACAACGACGACCUCAUCCUCGGCUACAUCUCCGGCAAAAUCCGCAAAAACUACGUCCGGAUCCUCCCCGGCGACAGAGUCAGAGUCGAGGUCAGCCGCUACGACUCCUCCAAAGGACGCAUCGUCUAUAGGCUCCGCACCACCACCCCCUCAUAGCGUCCCCAACCUGUUUGUUAAAAUCCCUCACACAACGCCUGCCCUUGUUGUAUAAAAAAUUACAAAAAUAGAAAGAUAAUGCUUCAACUUGUGAUUUCCCGCUAUUUAUUUCAGUCGUUACUCGUUAGAGUGAGCAAUAUUUUCGAUUCGCAAUCCUUGCUUGAUUUUGUAGGAAAUUGAUUGCAGGUAUUUGCGAUACUAUUGCAGAGAUUUCAACAUCCUUGUCGCGACGGUUGCGAUUAGGUGAAUUUCAUUUUAUUUGAAGCUUUCGUUCUA